AUGGGCCAGCACGGCCAUUGCCAGGUCUACAUUGUGUUGCUGUUGUAUGUCUAUAUUAGAUCAGUGAUGUUGUUGAUGAACAGAUUAGAGCGAAACGUUAUAAUCGGUAGAGGAGAUAAAGGAAAUAUGAAAGAUUUCGGUGAUGUCCGGUUGCAUCUCAGCAAUGACACCUUACUUACCUUACCACAUCACAAAAAGUGUUCACAGGAAAAACGAUUCCUUUUUCUGCUUGAACUCUUAUUAAACUUCACCAAUCAGAACCAGAAACAUUAAAAACAAAAACAAUUGCCCUUUUUUAUUGCUUACCUUUUAAGCCAAAUAUUCCUAUAACGUUCAAGUCUUGUUCUUCUUCCUUCCUCCGUAACUUCCUAUAAAUUUACUCACAACCCACUUCCGAAUCUUCAAGAUCCAAACUUUGUAGGGUGUUAGUGAGCUACUUGAGCUGUUCUCAAAAGGGCAUUGUGAAGAUGUGUUGCGGAACCAAGAUGUGCAUGUUCUGUAUUUGUUUGAUAGCUGUGGUGAUUCUUAUCGGAUUCCUUUUCGGAUUCGGAGUUUUCAAAAAAGCCUUUCACAAGGCUAAGGAUACUCUGCAUGCUUGUGAUCCAAACAUUCAUGGCUCUCUCUGUGGAAAGGGAAGACCUUUCUUCAAUUAUGUUCCUCCUCCCACUCCCUUUUAGUUUGGUUCUUGAUGGGUUGUGUGAUUUGUUUUCUGGUUACUUAAAUUAGGAUGCAAAGAUUGUGAAUUUGCCAUUGAUGGAUCUGUAUUUGUAGUGUUUUGUGAUAAGGGUUUUUUAAUACAGAAUUUGUUUAUAAUGUA